AUGAUAAUCAUUCCUGGUUAUUUUUUGUUAGGUGAGAAAUUGUUUGUGAUGAUGGAUUCAAGACAGAGUGAAGGUGUAAUAUACUACAGUCCUGGGAACAUGAUGACGGAUUCAAGACAGAGUGAAGGUGUAAUAUACUAGUGUCCCAGGAACAUGAUGAUGGAUUCAAGACAGAGUGAAGGUGUAAUAUACUAGUGUCCCAGGAACAUGAUGAUGGAUUCAAGAUAGAGUGAAGGUGUAAUAUACUAGUGUCCAGGAACAUGAUGAUGGAUUCAAGAUAGAGUGAAGGUGUAAUAUACUAGUGUCCCAGGAACAUGAUGAUGGAUUCAAGAUAGAGUGAAGGUGUAAUAUACUAGUGUCCCAGGAACAUGAUGAUGGAUUCAAGAUAGAGUGAAGGUGUAAUAUACUAGUGUCCCAGGAACAUGAUGAUGGAUUCAAGAUAGAGUGAAGAUGUAAUAUACUAGAGUCCCAGGAACAUGAUUAAUGAACACAUGAUACCUUUAGUUGCUCCAAUAAAUACUCUGUUUACUUUUUAUCAUUUUCAAAUUAGAAUUUGUUGAAAUUUGUUUAAAAGGAAUAAAAUUACUAACUUUUGUGGACUUGCACUAGAGCAAGAAAGCUAAAGAUAUAUUCUAAAGAAAAAAUACAAUUAGCUUAAUAUUGGACUCAAAGUGAGUAAAAUUGCUAAUGCAUAAAUUGUGUUAAGAUUACCAACUUUGUGCUUCUGUAAUUCUAUAACUGUGUCAUUUUGUUUUUUUUUUUGGUGUCAUUACAUUAAGAAAAAGAUUCUCUACUAUUUCUGAAGAAAAGCAUUUUUCAUGGAAAAAUUCUUACACUGUAAGAACUUUUAAUUUUGUGGUGCUGAUAGUGAAAGUGUUAAGUUAUUGUUCACUAUGUCUAAAAUACUUGAAAAAGAAAGUGUUCCAGCAACACACAUUACAGUUGAUGCAGAAGACAAACUACAUCAAUAUUCACAUUCUUCACAAAAAUCUCAGUGUGAAUCAUUGAUAACAGUUAAUGAAGACAAAAAAACUGUUUCGUGUUUAUUGUGUUUAAAAGAAUUUUCUAAAAAACAAUAUUUAAUGAAACACAUGAGAAUUCAUACUGGAGAGAAACCACAUCAAUGUUCAGAAUGUCUGAAAGAGUUUACCAGUAAAUCUAAUUUAGUACAUCACAUGAGAAUUCAUACUGGAGAGAAACCACAUCAAUGUUCAGAAUGUCUGAAAGAGUUUGCCAGUAAAUCUAAUUUAGUACAUCACAUGAGAAUUCAUACUGGAGAGAAACCACAUCAUUGUUCAGAAUGUCUGAAAGAGUUUACCAGUAAAUCUAAUUUAGUACAUCACAUGAGAAUUCAUACUGGAGAGAAACCACAUCAAUGUUCAGAAUGUCUGAAAGAGUUUACCAGUAAAUCUAAUUUAGUACAGCACAUGAGAAUUCAUACUGGAGAGAAACCACAUCAAUGUUCAGAAUGUCUGAAAGAGUUUACCAGUAAAUCUAAUUUAGUACAGCACAUGAGAAUUCAUACUGGAGAGAAACCACAUCAAUGUUCAGAGUGUCUUAAAAUGUUUUCAUAUCAAUCUAGUUUAGCAGAACACAUGAGAAGUCAUACUGGGGAGAAACCAUAUCAAUGUUCCGAGUGUCUAAAAGAGUUUUCAUAUAAGUCUAAUUUAGUACCACACAUGAGAAUUCAUACUGGAGAGAAACCAUAUCAAUGUUCAGAGUGUUUGAAAGAAUAUUCAAAAAAAAUUGGUUUAGUUCAGCACAUGAGAAGUCAUACUAGAGAGAAACCACAUCAAGUGUUCAGAGUGUCUAAAAGAAUUUUCAGAUAAAUCUAGUUUAGUAAGACACAUGAGAAUUCAUACUGGAAAGAAACCAUAUCAAUGUUCAGAGUGUCUAAAAGGGUUUGUAGGUAAAUCUAGUUUAGUCAAACACAUGAGAAUUCAUACUGGAGAGAAACCAUAUCAAUGUUCAGAGUGUUUAAAACAGUUUUCACAAAAACCUCAUUUAGUAGAGCACAUAAAAUUCAUACUAGAGAGAAACCAUAUCAAUGUUCAGUAUGUCUGAGAAAGUUUUCAUAUAAAUAUAGUUUAGUCAAACACAUGAGAAUUCAUACUGGAGAGAAACCAUAUCAAUGUUCGGAGUGUUUAAAACAGUUUUCAGAUAAAUCUAAUUUAGUGAAACACCUCAGACUUCAUAAUCUUCAGAAAUUAUGUUAGUGUUCAGUAACUAAAAGUUUUAUCUCAAGAAACAAAUUUAUUAUAAACAAACACCAAGUUAUAUGAGAGGGAAAUAUUACCAAUAGACAGUGUAAUCAGAAGACAUUAUAUGUGAUAGUAACAUCAUAAUAUGAGAUAGCAACAUUAUGUGAUAGUAACAUCAUAAUAUGUGAUAGCAACAUUAUGUGAUAGUAACAUCAUAAUAUGUGAUAACAUCAUAAUAUGUGAUAGCAGCAUCAUAAUAUGUGAUAACAUCAUAAUAUGUGGUAACAACAUAAUAUGUGAUAGCAACAUUAUAAUGUGAUAACAUCAUAAUAUGUGAUAGCAACAUUAUAAUGUGAUAACAACAUAAUAUGUGAUAACAACAUAAUAUGUGAUAGCAACAUCAUAAUAUGUGAUAGCAACAUUAUAAUGUGAUAACAACAUAAUAUGUGAUAGCAACAUCAUAAUAUGUGACAGCAACAUCAUAAUGUGAUAACAUAAUAUGUGAUAGCAACAUCAUAAUAUGUGAUAGCAACAUCAUAAUGUGAUAACAUCAUAAUAUGUGAUAGCAACAUCAUAAUAUGUGAUAGCAACAUCAUAAUAUGUGAUAGCAACAUCAUAAUAUGUGAUAGCAACAUCAUAAUAUGUGACAGCAACAUCAUAAUGUGAUAACAUAAUAUGUGAUAGCAACAUCAUAAUAUGUGAUAGCAACAUCAUAAUAUGUGAUAACAUCAUAAUAUGUGAUAGCAGCAUCAUAAUAUGUGACAGCAGCAUCAUAAUAUGUGAUAGCAACAUCAUAAUAUGUGAUAGCAACAUCAUAAUAUGUGACAGCAACAUCAUAAUGUGAUAACAUAAUAUGUGACAGCAACAUCAUAAUAUGUGAUAGCAACAUUAUGAUAUGUGAUAACAACAUAAUAUGUGAUAACAUAAUAUGUGAUAGCAACAUCAUAAUAUGUGAUAACAUAUGUGAUAGCAACAUCAUAAUAUGUGGUAACAACAUAAUAUGUGACAGCAGCAUCAUAAUAUGUGAUAGCAACAUCAUAAUAUGUGGUAACAACAUAAUAUGUGAUAGCAACAUCAUAUUAUGUGGUAACAUCAUAAUAUGUGAUAGCAACAUCAUAAUAUGUGAUAGCAACAUCAUAAUAUGUGGUAACAACAUCAUAAUAUGUGAUAACAACAUCAUAAUAUGUGAUAACAACAUCAUAAUAUGUGACAGCAACAUCAUAAUAUGUGAUAGCAACAUCAUAAUAUGUGGUAACAUCAUAAUAUGUGAUAACAACAUCAUAAUAUGUGAUAACAACAUCAUAAUAUGUGGUAACAUCAUAAUAUGUGAUAACAACA